CCACUUUCACCACAACGAACAACAUGGCAUUUCGCGGUACUCCUCGUGGCGGACGUGGCGGCGGCUUCGGCGGACGUGGCGGAUUUACUCCUCGUGGAGGACGCGGUGGCAUGGGAGCCUCAUUCGGACCCCCAGACACUGUCAUCGAAAUGGGCAAGUUCGUUCACGACUGCGAAAACGAGAUGUUCUGCGAAUCGAUAAACACAAAGAUCCCAUACUUCAACGCGCCCAUCUAUCUCGAGAACAAGACGCCCGUUGGCAAAGUCGACGAAAUCCUCGGCCCUUUGAACCAGGUCUACUUCACCAUCAAGCCCCAAGAGGGCAUACAAGCCAAGUCCUUCAAGGCCGGCGACAAGUUCUACAUUGGAGGCGACAAGCUGCUGCCUCUUGACAGGUUCCUUCCCAAGCCCAAGCCCGUUGGUGGUGUCACCAAGCCUAAGAGGCCUGCUGGCGCCGGUCGCGGAGCACCCCGUGGAGGCUCUCGCGGUUUUGGAGGUCGCGGCCGUGGAGCACCCCGAGGACGUGGUGGACCCCCUGGACGUGGAGGCAGCUUCGGUGGCCGUGGAGGAAGCGGAUUUGGCGGCCGCGGUGGCGGUGGUGGUGGUUUCUCAAGAGGUGGACGCGGUGGUGGACGUGGACGAGGAGGAUACUAAGUGCCUCGGACUGGGACGGCAACCACCUCUUUCGGAACACGCUGGCAAUGCGCAACCGUUUGCGCUGCCGUUUCGGCUCGAUCCUACGACUACCUACCGAUACCAUGAUCAUUUGAGGCGUUUUGGAGUUGAUGGGAUCACUGUAUCAUGUCUAGACAUGGCGCCUUGCUAUGGACACUCUGUGAAGGGUGCGCGAGUUAUAUUUUCUAGUCAAAUUACUCUGAAGUUCAACUUGCCCGAUGCAUUUGGGCGAAUGAAUCCUUCUCCAGAGUAGAGUUCUGCAAUAGCGCGCCCGUGCUGAACAAGCUCGGAAGGUGAUGCAAGUCGAACUCGUCAAGUCAACUAUGAUGGUUGCGGAAAGCAGACCAAUCUUGAUAAUCCGUCUUGGAGUACAUCUCUCAAGUGGUAGCUUUAUUUGAUACUGCAACUACAGCAAAGAGUGCUGAAUCUCUGUACACGCCUGCUGAAUACUGAUUUGCGUAGAGCAGCAG